UUUUUAAAGCUCUUCCAUCGCCAUUUUGUUGGUGUCGUACUACUUUUAGAAAUUAUUGUUUUAUUGUAUUUUAUCAUAAAAUUCGUUAAUUAAGUUUUGUGUAAGUUAUGUCUAAACGACGAAUAGAAAUGAUGGACCCAUUCAUUAAGAAAAAAAGGGAAGAGAAGGCGGCAGCUGCAGCCAAGUCUGGAAGCAGUGGGGAGUCGUCUUCAGAUACUGUGGCCACCCUCGGGACAAGCAUGCCACCCACUGCCACCAGCACGCCUGGUGUUAACCCAUUCACAGGCCUGCCGCACUCGCAACGCUACCACGAGCUCCUCCGCCGCCGUCUCGGGCUCCCAGUGUGGGAGUACAAGAACGACUUCAUGCGUCUACUGAACACACACCAGUGCGUGGUGCUGGUGGGCGAGACGGGCUCCGGGAAGACGACCCAGAUACCGCAGUGGUCGGUGGAGUUCGCAGCGGUGACGGCCGGCAAGUCUAAAGGCGUGGCGUGUACGCAGCCCCGCCGGGUGGCUGCCAUGUCGGUCGCUCAGAGGGUCGCCGAGGAAAUGGACGUCGCUUUAGGUCAACAAGUCGGCUACAGCAUCCGCUUCGAAGACUGCUCCGGUCCGCAGACAGUACUCAAAUACAUGACAGACGGUAUGUUGCUCCGAGAAGCCAUGUCCGAUCCCAUGCUGGAGCAGUACAGAGUGAUACUCCUCGACGAAGCCCACGAGAGAACGUUAGCUACAGACAUCCUUAUGGGUGUGCUGAAGGAAGUUAUAAAACAACGGUCAGAUCUCAAACUGGUCAUCAUGUCAGCGACCCUGGAUGCUGGGAAGUUCCAACAGUACUUCGACAAUGCACCCCUGAUGAACGUACCAGGGCGCACGCACCCCGUCGAGAUAUUUUACACUCCGCAGCCCGAGAGGGAUUAUUUGGAAGCUGCGAUCAGAACUGUGAUACAAAUACAUAUAUGUGAAGAGAUAUCCGGUGAUAUUCUUCUGUUUUUGACGGGACAGGAAGAGAUAGAAGAUGCGUGUAAGAGGAUCAAGAGGGAGAUAGACAAUUUAGGACCGGAUGCUGGAGAGUUGAAGUGUAUACCGUUGUAUUCGACUCUGCCGCCGAAUUUACAACAAAGAAUUUUCGAGGCCGCCCCACCGAAUAAAGCGAACGGCGCAAUAGGACGGAAGGUGGUCGUCUCAACCAACAUAGCGGAGACCUCGCUCACCAUAGACGGCGUUGUGUUCGUCAUUGACCCAGGCUUCGCUAAACAGAAGGUGUACAACCCUCGGAUCCGCGUGGAGUCUCUACUAGUGUCUCCGAUCAGUAAGGCGUCAGCGCAGCAGCGAGCCGGACGAGCCGGACGUACGCGGCCCGGGAAGUGCUUCCGGCUCUACACAGAGAAGGCGUACAAGAACGAGAUGCAGGACAACACCUACCCCGAGAUACUGAGAUCAAACUUAGGAUCUGUAGUUUUGCAGUUGAAAAAGCUGGGCAUCGAUGAUUUGGUGCAUUUCGACUUCAUGGACCCGCCCGCGCCGGAGACGCUCAUGAGGGCCCUCGAGCUGCUCAACUAUCUGGCCGCGCUCGAUGAUGAUGGUAACCUGACGGACCUGGGCGCGGUGAUGGCGGAGUUCCCCCUGGACCCCCAACUGGCGAAGAUGCUGAUAGCCAGCUGCAACCACAACUGCUCCAACGAGAUCCUCUCCAUCACUGCCAUGCUGUCAGUACCGCAGUGUUUCGUAAGGCCGAACGAGGCGCGUAAGGCGGCAGAUGAGGCCAAAAUGAGGUUCGCGCACAUCGACGGUGACCAUCUCACGCUGUUGAAUGUUUACCACGCCUUCAAACAGAACAUGGAGGACCCACACUGGUGCUACGAUAACUUCAUCAACUACCGCUCGCUGAAGUCGGGCGACAACGUGCGGCAGCAGCUCAGCCGGAUCAUGGACAGGUUCAAUCUGAAGCGUACUAGUACAGAGUUCACCAGUAAAGACUACUAUAUUAAUAUAAGGAAGGCACUCGUCAAUGGUUUUUUCAUGCAGGUGGCACACUUGGAACGUACAGGGUAUUACUUAACAGUGAAAGACAAUCAGGUAGUCCAGUUACAUCCGUCCACCUGCCUCGACCACAAGCCCGACUGGGUUAUAUACAAUGAAUUCGUGCUCACAACUAAAAAUUAUAUAAGGACAGUUACAGACAUCAAACCCGAAUGGCUCCUGAAAAUCGCGCCACAGUACUACGAGCUGAAUAAUUUCCCACAAUGCGAGGCGCGGAGACAGCUCGAGCUGCUGCAGGCGAGGCUCGACUCGAAAGUGUACCAAGAAGGCUUCUAAAGCCAACGGAGAUGCAGCAUCUCACACCAAGAAUGAAGACUAAGUUAACAAGUGAUAUAAUGUUCAGGACUGUAGUGAUGUGCGGACUAUAUCUAAUGUGUUUGAAAGUGGUAUCACGGGCAUAGACAAUGGCUCAACAACAUUUUUUUUUAUGGAUGAUAAUGGAGUUUUGCGGAUAUCUAUGGUUAUAGUACAUGGUACCAGGAUCUUAGAAUGUGCGUGGAGUUAAGUCAGUUUGUUGCAAUAUAACCAGAAUAUUUAUCAUGGGCAUAGACAAUGACCCGCCAGCAUAUUUUUUUAUGGAUGAUAAUGGAUUUUUGCGGAUAUAUAUAGUAAAAGUACAGUUGGUACCAGGAUGUUAGAAUAUGUGUGGAGUUAAGUAGUUAUAUCAGCAUCAUUUCAGUUAGGAAGAUAUCCACUGCUGAACAGAGGCCUUCUCCAAAAAUCUUCACGACGAUCGGUCCUGCGCUGCUCGCAUCCAAUGCCUUCCAGUGAUCUUGACCAGAUCGUCGGACCACCUUGCUGGAGGCCUUCCCACACUGCGUCUUCCGGUCCGCGGUGGCCACUCGAGUAUUAUAUUGCCCCAACAGCCAUCUGUCCUACGAGCUAUGUGCCCUGCCCAUUGUCACUUCGGUUUCGCAAUUUUUCGGGACCGAAGUUUGUUAUAAUUUAACUAUGAUUCUCAGGGCAUAGACAAGUACCGGCAUGUUUUUUUUUUAAUGGAAUUGUGCCUAUGCGGCCGUACACACUAGCACCAG